CCCAAAGUGUCUAGGUCAAGAACAAUACUCCAGUUUUCCAAAACCGAAACCGGCGGGACGGCUCUCUCUCUCUCUCUCUCUCAGUCUCUCUCGUCACAACACACACAACAUAAACCCAUAGCUAGAGAGAGAAAACUGUAAACAAACCCAAUGCUACGCUCCGCCAGCCAUGCCUUACGCAGGCUCUCUUCAUCUUCUUCUCGGUCCUUGUCCACCAUCCACCCCCGCCCCCCCCGCCGCCCCAUCAAAACCCUAUCCUCCCUCUCCCCAUCCACCAACCCCUACCCUUCUCUCCUCUCAUCCUUCUCUAACACCCACAUAGCCCGUUACCAUCACGAUCAUGCAGCCGCCGCGUCGUUUACCGCCUCAACGGCGCCUGUACCGGAAGAAGAAGAAGCGGUGACUGAUGGUGACUGUGCUGGAGAAUGUACACAGGUUGUACAGGCCAGAAACACUACUACGCCCGCGAACAACGCGUCCAUAGACGCGUAUUCGGCGAUAGAGCUGGCACUGGACUCUGUGGUUAAGAUAUUCACGAUCUCCAGCAGCCCUAAUUAUGCCCUUCCCUGGCAGAACAAGUCCCAGCGCGAUUCUAUGGGUUCCGGAUUUGUUGUUGCUGGUAAGAGGAUCCUGACAAAUGCACAUGUGGUGGCUGAUUGUACAUUUGUGCUUGUAAGAAAGCAUGGUUCUCCUACCAAGUAUAGGGCAGAGGUCCAAGCUGUUGGACAUGAAUGUGACCUGGCUAUUCUGACUGUUGAAAGUGACGAAUUCUGGGAGGGUAUGACCUUUUUGGAGCUUGGUGACAUUCCUUUUCUCCAAGAGGCUGUUGCUGUAGUUGGUUAUCCUCAAGGAGGGGACAACAUUUCUGUUACUCAAGGAGUUGUGUCCCGAGUCGAGCCUACACAAUACGUACAUGGUGCUACGCAGCUGAUGGCAAUACAGAUUGAUGCGGCUAUAAAUCCAGGGAAUAGUGGAGGCCCAGCAAUCAGGGGGGACAAGGUUGCUGGGGUAGCCUUUCAAAACCUUUCUGGUGCAGAGAAUAUUGGUUAUAUAAUUCCUGUGCCCGUAAUAAAACAUUUUCUAGCUGGUGUUGAAGAAAGUGGAGAUUAUGUUGGGUUCUGCUCUCUAGGAUUGUCCUGCCAGCCUACUGAAAAUGUUCAGCUUCGAGAACACUUCCGGAUGCGUGGUGACAUGACUGGUGUACUUGUCAGCAAAAUUAACCCGCUUUCUGAUGCUCAGAGAGUGUUGAAGAAAGAUGAUAUUCUCCUUAUGUUUGACGGUGUUCCCAUAGCAAAUGAUGGAACUGUUCCUUUCAGAAAUAGAGAGCGGAUUACUUUUGACCAUCUAGUCUCUAUGAAAAGACCGAAUGAAAUAGCUAAAGUUAGAGUGUUAAGGAAUGGUGAAGAACAUGAGUUCAGUAUAACUAUUCGUCCGUUGCAGCAACUUGUUCCAGUACAUCAAUUUGAUAAACUUCCUUCUUAUUUUAUUUUUGCGGGCCUGGUAUUUGUACCAUUGACACAGCCAUACCUUCAUGAGUAUGGAGAAGACUGGUAUAAUACUUCACCCCGCCGAUUGUGUGAACGAGCACUGAGAGAACUUCCUAAGAAGGCUGGUGAACAACUUGUCAUUCUGUCUCAGCUUUUGAUGGAUGACAUCAACAUGGGUUACGAGCGUCUUGCUGAACUACAGGUAAAGAAAGUGAAUGGGGUGGAAGUAGAAAACUUGAAACAGUUGUGCAGCCUUGUGGAAGGCUGUACGGAAGAGUGUUUGAGGUUUGAUUUGGACGACGAGAGAGUGAUUGUGUUGAACUAUGAAUUGGCAAAAAUAGCCACUUCCCGAAUUUUGAAGCGUCAUAGAAUACCUUCUGCCAUGUCUGGUGACCUUAUUGACAAAGUGAAGGAUUGAGGAUUCUGCAAAUUUAUGGUGUCUGUAUCCCUCAUGGCUCGUACUUAUUGAUUCUCUAUUUGAUAACCGUAAGAGCUUCACAUCAUCAGUCAUCGCCCAAGUCAGUCAGCUCGUCUCUGUUUAACCUUUCUUUCAAAUUUGAAAUGAAAGUCAGAUGUGCAUCUCUAGUGAUAAAUUCCUGCAUCGGCCUGGUGUUGCAUGCUUGUUGGCGGCAGUGAACGACUGUAACAGUGAUGGUGCUGGGGGGUGGCGUUGAGGCAGUGGCUUCUUCUCCCUGCGGUGGCUUGUCUGCUUAUGUAAGACAAUCUUACAUGUAUCGUUAUCAUGAGGAAACCGUACAUCUAUGUACGUCUCACCACACACAGAGACCAGGUAAAGCCAGAUCCGUGAGAACCAUGGUUAACUUGUGCAAGAGGGGUCUCAAGAGAUUGAGAGGAGUUGAACUACAGCUCCCACGUUUUUAGGUAUGAAUUCUUUACCAACUCAUUUGGAGUUGUCUUAUUUGUGUCUUUAUGGGGUUUCUCUAUUUUGGCGGGAUGACUGCGUGAAUGGUUUAUUUAUUGCUCCCUCUGAUUUAUAAUAGAAUUCAAAAUUUCAACGCA